AUGAGUCAAAGUCGCUGGAGUAUCGUUCUCAUCUUUGCAUUGUUUAUUUUUGGCAGCACUGGAGUGAAUGCCUUCUUCAAUUUCGGUCAUCAUCAGCAACAGCAACAGCAACAGCAACAAUCAUAUGAAGAUCAAGUUUUAAAUAACCCUUGUGAUGGGUAUUUGUGUCCGGACACCCUAACGUGCGUUGCACAGCAGAAAGACUGUCCUUGUCCCUUCCCUAAAUCUCAGUUGAAAUGUGUCCUUCCUGAUAAUAAAUUUGUUUGCAUAUCCAAACCAGCCACACACAAUGAAAAGUUUAGAGCAAUAUAUGAUGACCCUGUCAAGGGCCCCAAAGCAAAGAACAAGGGGUUUAGGGAUUGUGGAUGGGUAUCAGAUGCUUACAAAAACCAUUGA